GCGCAGAGACCCUACGAUGGUGACGGAACUUCGUAGUUACGAAAAGUAUCUAGUGUUGCUUGCCGGCGAAGAUGUAAUAGAAUUCCACGAGUAAACCGAUCAUUCGAGCUAAUGUUGCGAUUAAUUAAGUGAUUUGCAAUGAACUUAACUGCAGGGAAUCCUCACGGGAACGGCUUGCUUUAUGCUGGUUUCAAUCAGGAUCAAGGAUGUUUUGCUUGUGGUAUGGAAAAUGGCUUCAGAGUAUAUAACUGUGAUCCUUUAAAGGAAAAGGCACGUCUUUUUAGUGAUGGAGGCCUUGGUUAUGUUGAGAUGCUAUUUAGGUGUAACUACUUAGCAUUAGUUGGCAGUGGAGCAAAACCUAUGUAUCCAACGAAUAAAGUUAUGAUAUGGGAUGACCUAAAGAAAUCUCCAGCAAUUACUUUAGAGUUUAAUGCCCCUGUAAAGGGUGUAAAAUUAAGAAGAGAUAGAAUAGUAGUAAUUUUAGAAGGUGUGAUAAAAGUUUAUACAUUCACACAAAAUCCUCAACAGCUUCAUGUUUUUGAGACCAAUCCAAAUCCUAGGGGCCUGUGUGUCUUAUGUCCAAACAGUAGUAAUUCCUUGCUUGCUUUCCCUGGUAGAAAAAAUGGACAUGUGCAAGUUAUAGAUUUGGCUAAUACAGAAAAGCAACCAUUAAAUAUAGAAGCGCAUGAAACACCAUUAUCGUGUAUAGCUUUAAACUUACAAGGUACUAGAUUGGCCACUGCUUCAGAAAAAGGUACCUUGAUAAGAGUAUUUGAGACACAGAGUGGAAAUAUGAUUAAUGAACUGAGAAGAGGAGCAAAUCAUGCAAAUAUUUAUUGCAUCAAUUUUAAUCAUGAUUCAACUUGGUUAUGUGUAGCAAGUGAUCAUGGUACUGUACACGUUUUUGCUGUAGAAGAUCAAAAAUUAAAUCGUCAAUCUAGUUUAGCAUCUGCCACUUUCCUGCCAAAAUACUUUAGUUCAAGCUGGAGCUUUUGUAAAUUUCAAGUUCCAGGUGGCCCCCAAUGUAUGUGUGCAUUUGGAACAGAUAACAAUAGUAUUAUAGUAAUAUGUGCAGAUGGUAGUUAUUAUAAAUUCGUAUUCAACAAUAAAGGUGAAUGCACAAGAGAUUUCUAUGCACAGUUCCUUGAAUUAACUGACGAUAAAGUGUGAUUGGAGAAUAAAGAGGAGAUAAACUCCCAAAUAUAGGAAAUUUAAAAAAUUUGUUCGUGGAAAAUGAAUUUACAAGAAAUAGUUUACAUGAAAAGUGAGUACUGUUUGUUAUUUAAAGUCGUACUAUGUGGUACAGGACCAAACGAAAAGUACUAUUAUUUGUUGGCGUUAUGUGCACUGUGCGAGAAUUAUUGCUAACAAAUUGAAAAUGAACUUUAAGGAAUACUAUAACAUGUUGUUAUUGACUUGUUAUGUGGGCCUAUUCUACUUAUAGAACAACAAGUUCUUAAAUGUUACAGAAAAAAGAAUAUUAAAUUUCAUUGAACGCGUCGUUGUAAAAAGUAGUUUUCUUACAUAAGAAUUAAAAGAAUUUAUCAUUAUUAUUGACGCAAAAGUAUCAUAUGAAAGACAUCAUUGUAAUCAAAUCAUUUUUUUGUAGUAUACAUAUACCUUGUUAAUAAUUCAAUCGCGUUUUUUUUUUUAUAUAUAUUUAUUUUAUAAAAUUAUGAAUCUUCCGUCUAAUAUUAUAGAAUGUAUAUGAACGCAAUUUAUAUCUCGUAUCAUGAGUUUCAAAUCAGUUGUAAAUUAUAACAUUUGACUAAUCAUUGAAUCCGUCUUCGCUGGUUAGCCAAAUAAGUAAUGGGACGUAUAUAACGUAAUAGAGUUUUGUAAUCUUUAUUUUUAUGAUCUCCGUACAUUUAAUAUACAUAUACACAAGAAAUAACUACAUUCACUUGUUAAUAUUGAAAUAUUACCACAAAAUAUCAACGUUGUAGUGUCAUUAAGAACAUGACAUUGAGUAUUAAAAUAAAAAUGAAUAUGAGACGAAACUCUGUAUUUGUAUAUAAUAAAAUAUCAAUGAUCAGAUACAA